AGAUACUGCACACCGCGGCAUGGAUGGACUUCUCCAACUACGUGCGCCUUCUUCUUCGUGCGGGGCGAGCGGCAGAGGACGGCCGUUUUGGCCCAAGCAGGUGACACAGCCCAGUCCUUGUGGGAGCGAUACCAUGCUGGGGAGGAAACUUUUGAACUUCUGGCGCUGCAAAGAGUUGCCUCGGGCGUUACCCGUGUGCAGCUCAUUCCGGACCACGCCCAUGGAGCCCUCGUCAGGCUGGCCCUGUGUCGUGACGGCAUCACGAUGCAGGAGUUCUUCGAGCUAUGGAGGGAGUGGCAAUGGGGCAGCUGUACCUGGGUGGAACCCUGGACAGGCUGCGGAGGAGUCGUGCGGGCCAACGACGAUCGCCGGCGAGCAGGAGCCUCUGUGCGGUGCAUCCUGGGUGCCGUGGAGGCUGAGGUGGAAUGGAGUGCCGACGAGGAUGCGAUUUUUGCCCCUUCUGCGGCUCUUCCGACGACGAGCAAUGAGUCAGUCUUGUCUGGGGAUGUCGAGGGGGUGGUCCAGGGAGGGUAUAAAGCACGGGAGAGUGCUGAACCCAGAUCAUCUCCAUCUACAUUCUCAGCCCUGGCUCAACUAGGACUCGCUGUUGCUGCCGGUGCCAUGGCGAGCGGCAAGGGACGGUAUGCUCUUGAGGCUGCAGGUGAAGCAAGCACCUGGGACCCAGAGCAAGCCGUGGAAGUGGCCACUAUGGAGAGGGCUCUGGAAGUGAGGCAACACUUCGGGUUAGCUGAUGAUAGUGACCUCGCCUAUGCCUUCGAGAACUACCAGGACGCCAUGUCGGCAGGAGGGCAUGCUCUGGCGGCGCAAUGGGCCUCAGCCCGGUCCAAAGCUGAUGAGGGGCUGCUGGCGGCUGGAGCGAGGGCGGUCGAAGACAGAACCCUGUCUACCAACCGGUACGGGCCUGAUGCAGUGGUGCAGAGGGUGGAGUCCCUUGCGCAGUGUUUCGAAGAAAUGUCUGUGCAGAGGCCGGCCCAUAAGGUGACUGAGGCACGGCUGGAAGAGUGGAGGAAGCAGUUGCGGCGGUUGUCACAACAGAAAGUCACUCAGGCCGACAGUCAGACGAUCAUCAAUGCCAUCCGCACCUGGAAGGAGUUGGCGCAUUACCAGGAGGACAGGGGCCUUGAAGUGGUCGAGGAUUUGGACCUGGCAUCGUUUGUUCAGGAGGGCACAGACGGCCCAGCGAGGGCCCUGGCAUCGUUGAAGUGGCUCAACAAAGCAGGCACUAUGGGAUGGAACCUCACCAACAUCCAGCUUCCGGUAGCACCCAAUGUGAGGACUCGGAAGCGGCAGCAGGCAGUGGUGGCUGAACCGGGCAUGAUCCCUUUCUUGGAGGCGGGCAUCAUCACUGCGGCCGAGCACAACAAUCCAGAAUGGAUGGCCCUGCUAGCCAACUGGUUGUGCGCUGUCGGAUGUUUGCGGCACCGACACAUCACCAAGAGUUCCCCCCAGCGGCUGUCUGCCUCGACUAUUCAUGCCUGGUGCUCGCAGGGAAAGCAGGCACACUCCAGGAAUGGGUUUUCCUGGUCAGCUCCGGCCGAGUUCACCAAUGGGUUCCCGUGGGCUCAGAGAGUGAUCGAUGCCAUCAAAGAGCUACCGGAGGAGAAGCAACAGACCUGUGGCAUGGCUUUUGACGGGGAAGGGAUCCCCUAUCCUAUUUCAGAGGUGCAGAAGAAGGCCCAGCUCCUCUUCGAGAACCACGUCGAUGAUGCCAGGAAUAUCACAACAUACACAUGGAGACGGGUAGCACCUACGGUGGGGCUGCUAGCGACCUUCACGGACUUGGAGCUGAAUGCAUUAGGGGACUGGACAGAUGAAGUCAAAUCAUCCGCCAAGAUGCCAGCACACUAUGCCGGCUCCAAGGAGGCGAUGUCAACACGGAUGAAACAUAUGGCCUACGCCAUCAUGGCCAACUUGACCAAGUUUGAGUCUUGGGAAGUGAUCCCGCUGGACGAUCUGCAUGCCGCAGCGGUGAAGGCGGAGGCAGCGGUUGCCAAGAAGAUCAACCAGGAUGUGGUCACUAAAUGGCAGGCGAAGGCAUCGCCAACCUCAGUAAAGAGGUCGUUCAACUUCGUUCAGCAAGCCCUCGAGCAGAGGGACAAGGCCAAAGAGAAGGCCGCCAAGGCGGGCCGACCGGCAAUGCCCCCUUCCAUCGGGGGGAAGCUGCUCACCAAGAGGAUCCGUGCCCGGAAGCCCAUGUUUGCGCUGUUGUAUCCAGAACUGGACGGGCAUGCGGCGUGUCUGCUGGAUGAAGAAGGCGCGAUUGGCGGAGAGUACCGUCACAUCGCCGGUGCUGCCGCAUCCUUCCACUCAGGAGGAGGCAACGGUACAGGCAGUAUACCAGGCUUCACCUCAUCGAGCUCCUCGGAAAGCAUAGUUCCAUUGGCCAAAAGGGCAAGGAGGCAAGAGGCGCCGGUUACCCCACCAAAGGCCGGGGCGCCGGUGACGCCGCCGAAAGCGCCUGCGGUGGCUCCUGCCCAGGCUAAAGCGGCACCGAAGUUGCAGCCGCAACCAAAAGCCAAGAGGACAGCAGCAGCCAGUGGAGCCUCUACCCCCAAGCAGCCGCCGGUGGCAAAGGCAUCGUCAUCCAGGCCUGCGCUUGAGGUCCAUGAGUCAGAAAUGGUGAUUGAGCGGCCAGCGCACAUCCCAGCGGAUGAGGACUUUGUGCUGCCUCCUAUGCCGGCAACCCUGAAUCCACCCCAAGAGGAAGUCAUUUGGGAUCGCCUUGCAACGAUCAAGGGGAAGUACGCUCAGGCCCCAACCAAGAUCCUGGAGCCCGAGGAGCGGAACGGGGUGGUGCUGCCCAAUGCGCUGCUGAGGCGAUUCCCUGUGGCUGUGGCAGCAGAGCGUGCAGAAGCUUGGAAGGAACUAUGGCCGCUGGUUCUACAGUCCUUAUACUGUGGCGAAGUCAUCGUCACACACUGCAUUGCGGGCCGCCACCGAGCCGGAGGAGCAUCAGCAUUGAUCAGGGCUGUGAUGAUGGGUGAAACAUUUGAGGACGCCUCGGACUGGAUCGCCCAGAGAAGAGACACCGACGUGCCAGGCUUCUGCAGAGAUAAAGAAGCUGCCAAGUGGCUGCAGGAAACAGUGAAGAACACAAAGCGGAGGGACCGCUGGCCACGCCCAUCGGGAUACCUGGCAACUCCGAGGAGUGCACUCCACUUGCAGGGCUUCAAGCUGGUGCCACUAUGCAUGCACCACCAGAAGACGGACAAGGCUCAGCGCUUGACGGACCCGAUGUUCACCGAGGAUGGCGAUGAGGCCGUGGCGUGGGAUCGACCGUGGUGCAGAGCUUGCUUGGCCCGCGCCCCAGCAUCAUGGAUGCCACGAGAUGCAGGCUUCUUAGGUUUUUCCCUGGUCGGCAUGUCAGAACUGAGAGAAGUCUGUGGAUGCCGGGGAGGGGAGCGUGCGAGGAUCCCCAGACGGGGUCGGGUGAAAGAGUUGAUCCACGACGGGCAAUUGCCAGCAGGGGCCAUCUAUGUGGGACAAGGCCAUGAUUGUGCCCCAGAUGAAGUGAUGCCAUUGUAUAUCGACCACAUCAAACGCAACUUCGGCCAAGAGCUCCAUUCCCUGUUGGGGAAGACAUUAGUUUGUGACUGUGCCGAGGAGGAACUCUGUGAGGCUGACGUUCUGGCAGGCUUAGUGUUUGAAGCCACAAGUCCUAAUGCAUCAGCCCCACACCCACGGGCGGCGGGCAUACCGCCCCGGAGAGUUGUGCGGGGGCCCAAGCGAGGGAGCUUGGCCCUGGCCGCCUUGCAG